AUGGCGCCCAGAAUGGCUGCAACCGCUAAUAGGCGUAAUGCCAUGCCCCAAAGCCCUACGGGUACCUCUGCCUCGCCUGCAGAGACAUCUCCUCCCCCACAGCCCGACAUCUUCAACGCCAGCUCCGUCGCCGAGAUCAAAGCCACGCUGUCCCACCUACACUCCCAAGAAGCGUCUGUGACCGCCCGCCUCGAUGCCCUGGUAACUUCCCAGAAAGACCUCUCCCGUGAGCUAGGUCGACUGGACCUGAUGCGCGCCAACAUCGGGAGUCACCUCAGCACAACUCGCUCCAUCAGCCAUGGAAUGCUCUCCGAAGCUGCCGGCACCGCCGAUCGGAUCUCCAGUGCGGUCCGCCGGCUGGAUCUCGAGCAGGCGCGGGUGAAAGCCACGCUUGAGGUUGUUGAGCAGGUGGCCGAGCUUAAGGCCUGUGCGUUGGGCGUGGCGGGAUCGAUGGGUGCGCCCCAGGACUGGGAGAAAGCCGCUAGCUAUCUACACCGCGCCGCUCAGAUCCCGGCUUCGGUCGUCCAUGGCGCGUUUGCUGCAGAGAUGGUUCCUACGGCUGAAGUUCCGGACCCGCCAAGUGUGACCCUGGACAACGCGGCGGAGUCGCUGUGCGGGCUGUUCCUGCGCGAGUUUGAGAAGGCGGUUAAAGAGAAUGAUGGGGCCAAGAUCACGCGCUUCUUCAAACUUUUCCCGCUUAUUGGCCGCUCUGAGGUCGGACUCGAUGUUUAUGGUCGUUAUGUGUGCCAGGGUGUCGCGGCCAAGGCUCGGGCUAACAUCAACGGGGCUUCCGGAGGUGCUCCGGCUAAGGAUGGUUUCUUCUAUGCCAAUGCGCUUACCAAGCUGUUUGAGCACAUUGCGCAGAUUAUUGAUAGCCAUGGUGGGCUUGUUGAGCACCACUAUGGCCCCCGGAAGAUGGGACGGGUCAUUGAACGACUACAAGUCGAGGCCGAUGUACAGGGUGGUAUUAUUCUUGAUACUUGGAGUGAUGAGCGACAAGUGGAUCGCAAAUUGAUGGAUAUUAAAUCCUAUGCUUUCACCUUCCUGGUGCAGAGUUUCCUUCCGGCGCAGCGAGCAGGUCCGCCUCGCUCACUAUCCCCUGCCGCUGGGGCGAGCACCGCUACCGACGAGGAGGGGGUGGACAUGAAAGAGAUCGAUGGUGUCUUGAACGAAAUGGCUAUCAUGUUGGGCCGGUGGUCGCUGUACUGUCGGUUCCUGGCUGAUACAUGUAAUCCUUCGGGUGAUGAAAAUGCAGACGACGAUAAGCGACUCGAGCCUCCCACCUUCCUGCAAGAAUCAUCUCUGGCCCAAAAGAUCAAUGAUCGCCUGGUGGCCCCCUUCAACGCAAUGACAACCUUCUUCUUCCGCCGCUCCGUCGAGAAAGCUUUCCAACUAGACGAGUCCCCAUCAGGCCUCACGCUGAGCCCCCAUCGUCCACUGAAAGCCGACCCACCACACAUUACCUCAGCCAUCGACGACAUAAUGUACAUCGUCAACAAAGUCAUCCAGCAGUCACUCGCAACCUCCCAAGAAGCCGUCGUGACAAACGUAGUCCCAACGCUCUCCCGCGUCCUAGGCUCCGAUUUCAUCGGCAUGACACAGCGCAAGAUGCGCGACGAGUGCUACCCACGCGCCCCAGUCCACGGCGGCCCACCCGCCGAACAAAUCACAAUCUCCUUCCUAGUUCAAAUCAACAACCUCGACCUGGGAGUCGACUACAUCCGACGAAUCGUGCAAAAUAAUACGGGCUCAAAACCAGAUACCACGACCACGGAAGCAACCUCCCACCUCCUCACAAUCUUCGCCAACCCCAGCACCGCCCAAAAUGUGCUCCAGACCCUCCAAAACCUCUCAACAACCUUCGAAAGCAAAGCAACUGACCUUCUCAUGGACGGAGUCCAAGUACUCUUCAACAACGUCCUUAAACCACGCCUCCGACCUCUCCUCGCAGACACCUUCCGGGAUAUCGAAUAUGCCCCCAACACCAACACCCUCGAACCCGACAAUCCAAACUCGGCCAUUGACAACAAAGAACUUGUCAAACCGCGCUUCACAUCCUUAUGGACCGAUCUAUUAACUCCAUUCGCACGGAUCCUCACCCCCUCGGCCUUUGACCGCGUCCUCGGCGUAACGAUCGCGUAUCUAGCCCGUCUACUAGAAAAAAGACUGUGGUCGUACGGGGCGCGGAUCAACGCGCUUGGCGCGGCGCGGCUUGAGAGGGAUGUUGCUGGACUUGUCGGUGCUGCUGUUGAUGUUGGGCAUGUUUCCGGCGCGCCGGGAAGAUAUAAAUACCGGGAGUGUUUUGCGCGGUGUGUGCAGAUGACGCUUGUUAUGGGGAUGGAUGAGGAGGAGUGGGAUGAAGUUCGAAAGGGUGGAGUUGCCGCGGAGGUUGUUGGGAAGCUUGGGAGAGAGGAUUUGAUUCGGGUUCGGUGGAUGGUUAAGCGGUAG